CCGAAAUAAAGGGUAGAAGAAGCGUAAGAGGGGCAAAUAAUAUUAAGGUAUGCAUGCCAUUUCAGACGAUGGUAUUCCGAUUCCCAUCAUGCGUCAGAUCUACAAUCUCGUACCGUUCGGAAAAUAGAUUUAUUUGUCAACAACGGAAAAGACAUUUUCGGAGAAUGUCAAAAAAGGAUAUAAGAGCAAAAGAAGAAGUACUUCUUCCCUAAAACUGUAUCUUCGCCCUUUAACAAAAUGAUGACAAACUCCGCUUCAACGUCUCAGCUACCUCCGCCUGCUUAUUCAGAUUAUGAUGAAGAAUGCGUGAUGAAAUAUUCGCUAUAUUUCGCACAUCAAACUCCGUCAACUUCUUAUCACAACGGCCUUACACAAUUUUAUCUCUAUGAUAACGCUCAAAGGAGGUUCACAUAUACAGCAAAAGUGCCUAAAAAGCGAGAAGGAUGGAAAGCAGAUAUUGCAUUACUAACCGAAAAAGGAAGAGAAGAGGCAAGGUACGAAGUACGAAGGGAACCCUUGGCACGUAAAUUUGAUUUUCGUCCACCAAAUGGAAUGCAUAACGUAAUGACGCCUUCCGUUUCUGCACAUCGAUCUUUCGCCAUCGAAGCACCUGAUGGACAAAAACUCGUUUGGCGUAAAAGUCAUACGCGAUUCAAUUUGAUUUCUUUGCCAAGUAAUACGGUUAUUGUUCAAUAUGAUUUAGCCCAACAGCAAUCUCACUUUAAUCACACUGCAGCAGCAGGAGCCAAUCCUUCCAAUUCAGCCACCUCCAUGCAGAUCGGCGAUGAUGCAAGUCCUGCAUUGAGUAUGAAAAUUGGAGAACAAGAAGUACGUUAUCAUGGAAUGCUAUCACUCUCUCCAUUACCGGCAACGGAACCAAAGAGUAAAUCGAACACAAACACCCUUAAAAGAUCACAAAGUCACACUUCCAUCACUUCAUCACAUUCAUCAUCUUCGGGUUCCGAUCAUGGUCCAAGGUUAUACGGUGCCCAUCGAAAAGGCGCAUGUGUUGGAUUAUGGGGACCAGGGGUACUCUUGGCAGGGUUUGGAUCACCUUUGUUGGCAGCAGGAAUGAAUGGAAAUUGUUUGAUCGGUGAUGAAUUACGCAAUUUAGGCAGAGCAACAAUCAAUGCUUUUCCACCAGGUCAUCAUGAACCGCAAAGAAUGCAAACGGACGGAUUCGGAAGACCGAUUGGAACUUCUUCUUAUGAACAAGCUGCUGAACAUUGGGCAAGCUUGAACAGGAUCGAGGCCAGUGCCAAGAAUACGGAUCCAAGACCGAGAAGGGUGGAUAUGGAUUUGAUUUUGGCCAGCAUGAUUGCAGUUUUGACGGGGUGACAUGCUGGUUAGUGUUACGACUCAACAGAUUUUGAGCAAGCAGAUAAGGAUCACAAAUAUAUGCUUUGUUUAUAUUACACAGUAUGCUGUCGCAUUACUCUUUAUACAGCUUCUCCCGUACAAGAUACGAUGCAAUUGAGGAUGCGGUCAUCUGACUCAACUUUCCCUGCAAGUCUUCAUCCGAUUUGCUGUCUUUCUUUUGAAUCGUUCUGCGUAUUGCAGUACUGCUGACAUCCUGUACGGAUGUGGGUAAAUCGAUCAUGACCACACUUCCACGCUCUUUCCAAGGAGAUACUUCUUUGCUUUGUAAUAAUACUUGCUCUGCUUUUUGCGAUGAUGUGUCUCGUCCUGCAUCUGUAUUUUUAUUCAUUUGCCUUCGUGCACAAACAAAUGUCGUUC